AUGUCGGUGUCAGACGAGCCACUGUACCCGAUAGCAAUAUUGAUAGACGAGUUAAAGAACGAUGAUAUUCAACUACGACUGAAUUCCAUACGUAGAUUAUCCACCAUAGCACGCGCACUGGGGGAGGAGAGGACUCGAAAGGAGUUAAUACCCUUUUUGAGCGAAAACAAUGAUGAUGAUGAUGAAGUGCUUCUUGCUAUGGCCGAGGAGUUGGGAGUGUUCAUUCCUUAUGUUGGAGGAGUCGACUAUGCGGAUGUUUUGCUUCCUCCUCUCGAGACCCUUUGCACUGUGGAGGAGACGUGUGUGAGGGAAAAAGCCGUGGAGUCCUUGUGCAGGAUCGGGUCACAGAUGAAGGAAAAUGAUCUUACUGACUGGUUUAUUCCUCUCGUGAAGAGACUUGCAGCUGGCGAGUGGUUUACUGCUAGAGUCUCAGCUUGUGGGUUAUUUCAUAUUGCUUACUCAAGUGCUCCAGAUACUUUGAAGACAGAAUUAAGGUCAAUAUACAAUCAGUUGUGUCAAGAUGAUAUGCCCAUGGUAAGAAGGGCUGCAGCAACAAACUUAGGGAAAUUUGCUGCCACUGUUGAAGCUGCACAUCUCAAAACUGAAAUCAUGUCUAUGUUUGAGGAACUUACCCAUGAUGAUCAGGAUUCUGUUCGAUUGCUUGCUGUUGAGGGUUGUGCCACUCUUGGAAAGUUAUUGGAACCUCAAAAUUGCGUUUCUCAUAUUCUCCCUGUGAUUGUAAAUUUCUCACAGGACAAAUCUUGGCGUGUCCGGUACAUGGUUGCCAAUCAGUUGUACGAGCUUUGUGAGGCAGUGGGACCUGAACCUACCAGGACGGAGUUAGUUCCUGCUUAUGUUCGAUUGCUUCGAGACAACGAAGCAGAAGUGCGGAUAGCCGCUGCUGGAAAAGUUACAAAAUUUUGCCGGAUUCUUAAUCCCGAACUUGCUAUCCAGCAUAUUCUUCCCUGUGUGAAAGAAUUGUCAUCUGAUUCUUCUCAGCACGUGAGGUCUGCUUUGGCUUCUGUCAUUAUGGGAAUGGCUCCUGUUUUGGGGAAGGAUUCAACAAUCGAACAACUUCUACCUAUAUUCCUUUCCCUUUUGAAAGAUGAAUUUCCCGAUGUUCGUCUCAACAUAAUUAGCAAGCUAGAUCAAGUUAAUCAGGUGAUUGGUAUUGAUUUACUUUCCCAAUCUUUAUUACCGGCUAUUGUUGAACUAGCAGAGGAUAGGCACUGGAGGGUUCGGCUUGCCAUCAUAGAAUAUAUACCAUUAUUGGCCAGUCAGCUUGGUGUUGGAUUUUUCGAUGAUAAGCUAGGCGCCCUUUGCAUGCAGUGGCUACAGGACAAGGUGUACUCAAUUCGAGAUGCUGCAGCUAAUAAUUUGAAACGUCUGGCUGAAGAAUUUGGCCCAGAGUGGGCAAUGCAGCAUAUAGUUCCUCAGGUUUUGGAUAUGGUAAACAAUCCGCAUUAUUUGUACCGAAUGACUGUCCUUCGUGCAAUUUCCUUGCUUGCCCCUGUCAUGGGUUCCGAGAUAACUUGUUCUAAGUUACUGCCCGUCAUUGUUACUGCAUCGAAGGAUAGGGUGCCCAACAUUAAGUUUAAUGUGGCGAAGGUACUACAGUCCAUGAUCCCGAUUGUUGACCAAUCCGUGGUGGAGAAAACUAUACGGCCGAGCUUGGUGGAGCUCGGGGAGGACCCAGAUGUGGAUGUUCGGUUUUUCGCCAACCAAGCUCUUCACUCAAUCGAUAUCAUGUCAAGCUAA